CGCCGCCCACUCACCCUUUCCACUCCUCCCCUCUACUAUUUGUGUGUCUUCAUAGUCAUCAACCAUCCCCCCACUUCCACUUCACUUCUACACGCUCACUCUCGACACUUGCACACUUUCGCAUUCAUCAUCCCACACUGGCCAUUACUGCAUUCAACCACCCCUCUUGCGACUCUCUCUCUCUGCCUGCUUGUAGCACAAACGGCUACGCCCCACUUGGAGACGCCCCUCUCGGCCCAGUUACUUUCGAGGGGGAGACUGAGAGGAAGAGGUCAUUGCGCAUAAGCCUUCACAUUGCAUCCCUCAACUCUCAAUGUCGUCGACCCAUCAUCCAUCCACCCCUCCUCGUGACAUCAACCUCACGCCCACCCUCUCAUCACCAGUCACACCACCUCCCCCAGAAACGCCUUACGCUUCCCUCCCGACCCCGCGAACGGCACAGCAACUUCGCAGGUUGGAGGCUGUCAACGCCCCAGAAGCACUCCGUCCCGUCAAGUUGGCUCAUGAUGACAUGAGCAUCACAAAGGGCAAAAUGAGUCACCAUCACCCGUCUUCCUCGCCAGAGCCUCUCAAGAGGAGACGCUCGUCGUCUAUUGCUUCUCGCCAGACCCUGGCCUCUGCAUUCAACUCUCAAGGCCGGGCCUCGUUUGACGACAUGCCAGAAGAAGAUGAGGAGGACAAGGGAGCCCAACAACCCUUGUCAGACACCGACCUCGAAUCUAUGCAGGCACGUCUGGCUACAAUAGUCACCGAGGGCUCGGACGCAGGCGCCCAGCGAGAUGAGCUCGCAAAGAUGUGCCAGACACUUCUCAGCGCCUAUGGCACAGGAAUGCCCUUCCUCCGCCAACAAGUCGACGCUCAGCAGGAAACUAUCGCUGCCUUGCAGCAGCAGUCUCGCCUGGCAGAGCAGUUGAUGAGCAUUGAGCGCGAUCGCUUCAUGGCGGAGCGGGCUAGCUGGGAAGCGGAAACUCGUGCUCUGAUCCGUACCCGUGAGCUGGAGGCUGCCGCUGGCAACCGCCCCAAGCGACUGCUGGAUCUGGAUGUUGGAUACCAUCAAGAGCUUGAAGCCGCGAACAAGCGUCUGGAAAUGGGUAAUCGACUCAUGGCGCCGAGGCUGGUCGACACUCAGCAGCAGAUCGAGUCUUUGGUCACCGAGCUUCGUCAUCUUCGAGCCCAUGUCAUUCUUGACACAUCCGCGCUCGAGGGUGAUCCCCAGCAGGCGCAGGUUGCAACGAAGCCGACCACGGCUGCCGCGCCUACUUUAAAGUCGGGCAAGGCUAGGACCACUCUGGGCGACGCGCGUGCAGAGCACCUGCUACUGGCUGCUCGCAGGGUUCGUUCCCUCCGUCCUCAAGACGGCAGCAUUGGCCGGCUCACGUUGGGCGAGCUCAAGAGCCGCGGGGUUGUUGGGCCUGAUGGUGGCGUCGGUUAUUCUGAGGGUUAUGGUGGAGUAAAGGGAGCGGAGGAUGAGCCGCCAGUUACCGACCUGGAGAGCCUCCUUUCUCCAAGCAGCGAGCGCCGCGUGAAUCCUACGUCGAAGCAAUCAUCCUCGCAGCCAUCUGGCACGCCAUCUACGGCCCGACCCAAGCAGACCAAGCGCUCGAUGCCGACUACACCGUCGCGUAGCCGUGGUGCAGCCCAGGUGCCACAGACCACUCCCGGUGGUAACUUUAGCGAUCUUCUACUUGCAGCUGAGCUGGCCACGAGGCCUGGGACUCCGUCGCGCGACACCUCCACCUCGCACGGGCCGAGUGCAACAAUGUCUGCCACCCGCACGACCACUGGUACCCAGUACAUCUUUGAGAGCCCAAGCAAGAAGCAGAGGCGCCAGCCACCUGCCACCAUCGAAUGGGUCCCCCGUCGCCAACUGGAGGAAGAGUCGGCAGCUCCUCGCGCUUCGUCAACAACCGACGACCGUCACGAGUCUGCGCUAGACCUGCUCGCCCUCGCGAGCCAAGACGUCGCUCAAGGCUCCUCGAGUGUUUUGGCCGCUGCUGCUCGAUUCGAGGGCAUGAUGGAAGGAGACCAGGAGGGCUACCAAUCCCAAAGCCGUGGCGAUACACCACUGGGACCGGCCAUCAAGCUCGAAGGGUCGUCCAAGGACACGCCACUCCGCAGUCACCCCUCCAACACACCACCUGCUCGUGGGUUCCCAUCUUCAACUGGAGAUGAUCCUUUUGUCAGCGGCGAAGGGUCGAAUGCUUUCCAGAGCCCGACUGGCGCCGCGGUGCCGGGUCUUGGGAAGUAUGUGCACCUGUCCAGUGCCAUGCCCGCACGUCGUGUUCGCUCCCCUUAUCUCAAGUGGACCAAGGAGGAGGACGAGCUUCUCACCCGUGCGGUCAUGGAGCACGGCGAAAAGUGGGACCUCGUGAGCAAGUGUGUGCCAACUCGCAGCUACCACCAGGUCCGCCAAAGGUGGCUGCGCAAGACUGGAGCUUUCGACAAGAAGCCGGCAAACUCUACGCCGUCCAACGAUCCCUCUCCACUGGGCCGUGGCACUGCUCCGGGCGAGCAGGCGAGCCCAACUCCAAAGAGCAGGAAGCGUCGCGAUGCGUAAGGGACGGAGUGAAGGGGACUGGAGUGUGUCAAGUGUGCCUAGUCACCGCCAAGUUGCACAUUGCAGAUGAUGCCAUACCAUUAUUGUUAUGUAUAUUUAUAUGCAGUUAGAAG